AUGGCAGCUUUCAACCUCACCCUCUCUGAGUCUUCAAUGUUCAUCUUAACUGGCAUCCCUGGCCUGGAAGCUGCCCACGUCUGGAUUUCCAUCCCUUUCUCAAUGUUCUACAUUAUAGAUCUGUUGGGAAAUUGCACAGUUCUGUUUAUUGUAGGCAAAGAGCAGACCCUGCAGAAGCCGAUGUACCUGCUGAUCUGCAUGUUGGCGCUCACAGACAUCACCAUGUCUACCUCCUUCGUGCCAAAGGCACUGUGUAUAUUUUGGUUCAAUUUGAAAAGCAUUACUGUGAAGGGUUGUCUCACCCAGAUGUUCUUCUUUUACGCAGUUUCUACUAUACACUCGGCCGUGCUAGUGACAAUGGCCUUCGAUCGCUAUGUUGCCAUAUGUAACCCUCUGAGAUAUGCCACUAUCCUCAUCAACGCACGAAUAGCUAAGCUAGGGCUACUGGCUAUGAUAAGAGCUGUUCUCUUCAUUCUGCCUAUGCCCUUGCUUCUGAGAGGGAAGCCAUUCCGUGCCAACCGCAUUAUCCCCCACACAUACUGUGACCACAUAGCGGUGGCAAAGAUGUCAUGUUGGGACAUCACAGCCAGCAGAGUGUAUGGCUUGGUGAUGGCAUUUGUAAUUAUUGGGUUCGACCUGAAGCUCAUUGGCUUGUCCUAUGGUCUGAUCAUCAAGGCCGUCCUCAGAAACUCCUCCAAAGAAGCCCACCAGAAAGCACUCAACACCUGCACAGCCCACAUCUGUGCUCUACUGAUGGUUUAUCCUGUUGGACUCUUCUCCUCUCUGACACACAGGUUUGGUCAGGGCAUUGCUCCACACGUUCACAUCAUCUUGUCGAACCUCAGUUACCUCAUUUCCCCCAUGCUCAACCCUAUCAUUUAUGGGGUCAAAACCAAAGAACUUCAUGACAAAGUUCUCAAAUAUAUCUGCAGAAUGUAA